GAGAGGAGUUUUAUAAAAAGUUCAUCCCUUGAUCACAAGGAAAUGAGGUUGGCAGACUGCGAAUGGCAGCGCAAGCGCAACAGAAAUCUAAUCUCUGAGAAAAUUUGAAGGAUGAACGCUGAUGGUGGAGCAUCAGUUUUAUUUUGUAAGGCUUUCGAUACCGCCACAUCAAAGACAUUCGUGUUCUCCAUUGCCGUGGCUAGAUUCCGUCCAAGCACACAUUGGAAAGAAAUUCCAUGGUUGUUCGUCUAAUACAUUGGCCAUCAAGAUAUUUUCACCUCCGCACCAUGACCAUGACUAUGACCAUGAAGGUUCGAACGACAACGACAUAAAAGAAGAAGUCCGCCGGCCUACUUUUCUGGUCAAACAUGGCGAUGUGAUGCUCACGCGGGAUCUUUUCUUCUUAUUCAAGCAAUCAUAUUACACGCUUGAUGUCCGCCUUCCCCUUUCAAGCGCAAGCAUACAUCGGCGGCUCCACUUCUUCGGUUCGAUUUUUCCUAAAUGUUGUUCUUUAUGGAAUUUGGCGUCAAAUUCGUGUCACCUUCGUAGACAUUGUUAUGAUAUAACACGGAGCUUCAUAAAAUUCAGUUGCUAAUAGAAAUUGGACACGCAUAUCAGAAAUUAGAGUUUGCGAAGAGGAAUUGGACGCGCAGAGUAGAAAUUAGAGUGUGCAAAGAGGAAUUGGACGCGCAUAGUAGAAAUUAGUGUGUGCAAAGAGAAUUUGGACGCGCGGAGUAGAAAUUGGAGGUGCAAAGAAAAAUAUGAGCAGCAGCAAUGGAGGGAAGAAGCCAGGGGAAGCGACAGGCGGCGGCUUUUUUGCCUCUCUCACCUCCAGCCUUUCCAACUUUGGCAGCUCGAUGCACAAUUCGGUUAACAGUUUCAUGGGAUAUGAGGGCUUGGAAGUAGUUAAUCCUGAAGGUGGACAAGAUGAUGUGCAAGAGGAAGUUCAUAAAGGAAGAUGGCAGAAAGAGGAUCGGGAUAGUUACUGGAGAAUGAUGCAAAAAUAUAUUGGAUCAGAUAUCACAUCCAUGGUUACCCUCCCAGUCAUAAUUUUUGAGCCCAUGACAGUGCUUCAGAGGAUGGCUGAGUUAAUGGAGUACUCUUAUUUGUUAGAUCUGGCCGAUGAGUGUGAGGAUCCCUAUCUUAAGAUGGUUUAUGCAUCAUCAUGGGCAAUUUCUAUUUAUUCUGCAUACCAGAGAACUUGGAACCCUUUCAAUCCAAUUCUUGGAGAAACAUAUGAAAUGGUCAAUCAUGGAGGGAUUACAUUUAUUGCAGAGCAGGUUUGCCAUCAUCCUCCAAUGAGCUCAGCAUUUGCAGAAAACGAGCAUUUUACUUACACAAUUACUUCAAAAGUAAAAACCAAGUUUCUUGGAAACUCUGUUGAUAUAUACCCACUUGGACGAACACGUGUAGUGUUAAAAAAAUCUGGGGAUGUACUUGAUUUGGUGCCACCUCCAACAAAAGUUCAUAAUCUGAUUUUUGGACGUACUUGGAUUGAUUCACCUGGUGAGAUGCUAAUGACAAAUCAGACUACAGGAGACAAAGUUGUGCUAUAUUUUCAACCAUGUGGUUUGUUUGGAACCGGUCGUUAUGAAGUAGAUGGGUAUGUAUAUGAUUCCCAGGAAGAACCUAAGUUAUUGAUUACAGGAAAGUGGUCUAAGUCAUUGAGUUACCAACCUUGUGAUACUGAAGGCGAGCCUCUAACUGGUACAGAUUUAAAAGAGGUUUGGAAGGUUGCAGAUUUUCCAAAGAAUGACAAGUAUCAGCACACGCAUUUUGCUCAUAAAAUUAAGAGUUUUGAUACUGCACCCAAGAAGCUUCUUGCUUCAGACUCUCGUCUUCGACCUGACCGUUAUGCAUUAGAAAUAGGAGACCUGACUAAGGCUGGAGCUGAAAAGAACAAUUUAGAGGAAAGACAACGGACUGAAAAGAAAUGUAGAGAGGCCAAAUCCGAACAGUUCACUCCAAAAUGGUUCACUCGAACGGGUGAAGUUUCAGCCACGCCUUGGGGUGAUCUGGAAGUGUACGAGUAUAAUGGGAAAUAUUCUGACCAUCGUGCUUCAAUUGAUAGUUCCAAUAUUGAUGACGUUGAAGAUCCAAAAUCAAUUCAGUUUAAUCCAUGGCAGUAUGGAAAUAUAUAGGGGUAAUGGAACUGUUGAGUGACAUUUGUUUGUCGGUUUCAAUUCUACAAUGGCUCAAUCUCGCAAUUCUUUCUUUGUACUCAUAUAAGCCGGAUGAAGGAUCCUAUUAGCAAUUCUCCCGUGGGAUUUGACUCCGUCAUUCUCCAAAAUAUCAUUUAGUAUUUUGGUUGUGUGCUUUGGACUUGGUUCAGAAGGCAUGCCAUCCAACAAAGCUUAUAUAUUGUACUGUUUUUGUCCGGGAUAAUGGAUUGCCUUUUGGGCAGAUUGUAAAAUUAUUAGGACAAAAUUGUUAUUAAGCACUUGGGGAAAUAUCUAGAAGUGGGGAAAUGUUUGGCAAUUGAUGUGAGAGGUGCUAUUUUAACUUUUAGGGUUACUAUUAAUAGUUCAUAAUUAAUCUCAUAUUCAAUUUUGUGGAUUA